AUGGAUCAAUUUGAAAAGUUGCGGCCAGUUGGUCGCCUGGAGCAGUACUCUACGGCGCGGCAUCAAAUCGGUUUCUAUCUGAAUGUCAUUGUGGCUGCGACCUAUGAUCUGCCGGAAACCUUCAUGCUCCCCGUGAAGGAUUACGUCUACCGGGCAUGUGCAGCGCUUAUUGCGGAGCAUCCGGUGUUAUCGGCCAUUCCAACGGCUGAUGAUACUCAGGAACCGUAUUUUGUGCGGUUACCCCAAAUUGAAUUGGAUCAGGUUGUUUCUUUCCAUCAACGUCAGACUACUUCAUCUGAGGAUGAGGAUGAACCGGCCCCAGAUCACGAUCUGCAGAUCCUGCUUGAGAAACAGCAUAACUCGGGUUUCACUGCACCGAAUGCCUUUUGGAGGUUAUGCAUUUUGACAAACAGUGACAACGAGAAUCAUUUUACUGCUGUCUAUGUAUUCCAUCACGCCUUGGGCGAUGGAGGCUCGGGCAAGGCUUUCCAUCGAUCCUUCCUACGAGCAUUGAGCACAGCUGGGGAGCGUGAAACCAAAUCUCUUGUCGAGUCACCGAAGAUGCCCCUUCUGCCAAAUAUUGAAGCCCUUCACCUAAUGCCUCUGUCCUUUUUCUUCCUCGCAAAGAAGCUUUUCGAAGCAAAGGUCUAUUCCCGCAGAGACCCUAGACUAUGGACCGCUGGUCAGAUCCAACAGCCCACGAAAACCUGCAUCCGACUGCUGCCAAUCUCCAAAGUAAUUGUCACUUCUCUACGAGACCUUUGUCGUCAAGAGAACACCACUAUCACAGCUGUCCUGCAGACGGCUAUCGCGAGAUCCAUAUUUGCCCACAUCCCCAUCGAAUACUCAAAUGUCGCCUGCACAGGCGCACUCUCGUGUCGCCGCUGGCUUCCCGACGAAAUCACAGAAGACGUAAUGGGCGUAUACGUCCAAGACUUUGAAGAGACAUACAUCCGCAGUAUCAUAUCUUCCGGCGAUUUUCCAUGGGAUGAAGCACGAAGAUCACGACAGACGAUCGAAGCAGCUCUCAAACGCAAAGGCAAAGAUGCAGGACCUAAUCUCCUGAAAUAUGUCAAUGAUUACCAGCAGGAGCUGUGUCUGUCCAAGCUCGGCCAGAACCGUGACAAGACUUUCGAAGUUUCUAAUAUUGGUGUUGUGCACUCUGAGUCGAGUCCUGAGAAGCCUACUAUCAAAGGAAUGGUAUUUUCGCAGUGCGCUAGUGUUAUUGGAAAUGCUCUUGAGUUCUCGGUUAUUACUGGUGGUGAUGGGUGCUGUGUGAUUUCUGUGUCCUGGCAGGAGGGUGUUGUCGAGGAAUCUUUGGCUGAGGCGGUUAUUGCGUCUGUGAGAGAUGAAUUGCGUCUUCUUGCUGGUACCACGACAUCGCGCCGCGAUUCGAGUUAA